AUGGCGCCAUUAGAGAAAAGAUGGAGGUACGUGCAUGAGGUGUUGGACGGCGCGGGGUGUACUGAGUCGGUACACGGUGCGCCUUCACGCUCUAACGAGAGCCUGCCCAGCUACAUGGGAGUGGAACAAGGGGUUAACCAACGGUCCUUGGUUAACGUAGUUUCACUAAGGUGCAGUCCAAUCUCGACAUUGGACUGGGAAGCCCGGGGCUUCCCUGAGUGUGUAUCGGAAGCACACAGGCAGGCAUGUAGUACGCUGCACAAAGAAGUAGGGAAUAUACCUGGCCAGUUCGAGACUAGUUUUGUGAUACCCGUCACCAUGGCAAGCUUGUACAGUCGGGUUAAGCUGCGCCAUGAAAAAUUACAAAAGGUGACUGCGGACUCUCAAGCCCUCUGGGAGCAGUUGCAAGCGGAGGGAGCUGUCAGUGAAGAGGAAUUCACAGCAAUCCACUUAAAAUUGAAGCAAUGCUUGGGGACUUUUGAAAAGGAGUUAUUUCAAUAUUUAAGUGUCGAACCGGAGGCAGAUGUGGUUGAGAUGACCCAAGAUCAACUUAAGGCUGAAGAUCUAUUGACAGAAUUGGAAAUUGCAUUACAGAUUGGCAAAAGGCGGAGUGAAACUGUUAAAAAAUCCAAACUACCUGAAUUAAGUCUUCCAUCCUUUUCGGGGGACAAGUUGAAGUGGUGCGAGUUUUGGGACUACUCCAUUGCAGUGGAAACUUUGAAGCGGCGUUACGGGUCAACUGACACUCUGAUUGACGCACAUUAUACCGCCCUCAACAACCUCCAAAAGGCAGACUAUACUAGUGCCAGCUGCCGUAGUGUCCUGGACAGUGUUGAACGGAAUAUCAGGGUGUUGGAGAAGCUCGGGGAACCGGUUGGAGGCAAUCAUUUGAGAGCAUUAGUCUUGUCAAAAUUCCCAGAAAAGGUGAUCCAUGAGCACCACCUCAUAGGUGAAGCUACUGACUUGAUGGCCAUUAGAAAUAAUUUAGAUAAAAUUAUCACAGCAAUGGAAAAGUCAGCGGAUACAGUUGUACCGAGUCCAAAGUACACUGCCGUGCCUGGCAGUAGCACAACUGAGGCGUUGCAAGUACGUACAGAAGUAAGGUCUCAGAGUAGCCGGAAGCGGAAACACGCGGGAAAUGCUGGAGCACCACCAUCAAAGCAAGCAAAGAGAGCAUGCUUGUUCUGCAACCUGAAAGGACAUGCUAGCAGGGACUGUCGCAAAUACAAUACAGUCGAAGCUCGGCAGAAGCAAGUAACGGGAAGGUGUCUACACUGCCUACGACGCAACCAUAAGGCAUCAUCCUGCAAGCGCAAGAUUGCUUGCUUCCGCUGUAAAGGAGACCACCUGCUUAUAUUCUGUCCCAAUCCGGCCUCAGAUGACCGCAGUGGCAACUCUUCAAAACCCUCUAACUAAGAAAAGUAUCAAAGGCAGAGUCUUCAUAGACUGCGGUAGUCAGCGGAGUUACAUUACUCUGGCAGCUGCAAAAAGGUUAGGCCUGCCUACCCUCCAGGAAGACCUUCUACUCAUUUUCACUUUUGGAGCUUCUGAACCUCUGCAGACGUUAACCCCCGGAACAACAGUCAACAUCCAGACGAAACGUGAUGUCACUAAGCAGUUUACUGUAAACGUCGUACCAAGAAUUACAGACAGUGUUCCGGUGACGUCCUUCAAGCAUCCCGGAGUCGAUAUUGUUGCUGAUGAUGAUACAGUUGGAGAGGUUGUUGAUGUACUCAUCGGGAAUGACUACUUUGGCUCUAUCCUCACAGGAAGAAAGAUCCAGGUGUCAGAAGACUUUUGUUUAUUGGAUACGGACUUUGGAUGGGUGCCCUCAGGAAAGCUUACUACUGGAGAAAGAAGCGAAGUCCUCUCAGUGGUCACAUACUGUCAAUGUCACACUCCUAACUGCCCAUAUUUCAGUGAGCCAGAUCUGCCUUUAAGAAACAUAGACGUAAGGUUCUUAUGGUCAUUAGAGAACCUAGGGAUUACGGACUCUCCAAAAGCUACAAGACAGGAAGAAGC